CAUUUUGGGGCUGUCUUCACAAAUGAUUGGUCAAAAGUUUCACCAAAAUUUUAUGCCACAGGCAGAUUUUAUCCCCAUGAUGUUGAAUCUUAUGUGUUGCAGACACAUUUUAUAUCCACGUGAUGGAUACUUUUCUCUUCACCUCUGAAUCUGUUAACCAAGGCCACCCUGACAAGCUCUGUGAUCAAAUAUCUUAUGCAAUCCUGGAUGCUUACCUGGAGCAAGAUCCUGAAAGUAAAGUUGAUUGUGAGAUCUGUGUCAAAACAAAGAUGGUGGUUGUAUUUGAUCGUCCGCAUACAUGUAGAGGCAUUGGAUUUGUGUCUUUUGAAGUUGGCCUUGAUGCCGAUAAUUGCAAGGUUCUUGUUAACGUUGAACAACAAAGCCCCGACAUUGCCCAGAGUGUCCAUGGCCACCUCACCAAGAAACCCGAGGAAAUUGGAGCUAGUGACCAGGGCCAUAUGUUUGGAUAUGCAACCGACGAAACCCCUGAGCUGAUGCCUCUUACUCAUGUCCUCGCCACCAAGAUUGGAGCCAAGCUCGAUGAGGUGAGAAAGAAUGGGGUAUGCCCCUGGCUUUGGCCUGAUGGCAGAACUGAAGUGACUAUGGAGUAUCAGAAUGAGGGAGGAUCCAUGAUCCCACUCAGGGUCCAGACCGUCCUCAUUUCAACCCAACACAACUCCACUGUCACGAACGAAUUACAAAUUUCCAAGGACUUGAAGGAACAUGUGAUCAAGGCAGUAAUUCCCUCAAAGUACCUUGACAAGAUGACAAUUUUCCUCCUCAACCCAGCAAGGCAGUUUGUCAUUGGCGGGCCUCGCGGACAUGUAGGGCUUUUGGGAAGAAAAAAAAUUGUCGACACCUACGGUGGUUGGGGUGCAUAUGGUGGCGGUGCCUUCUCCGGCAAGGAUGCAAGCAAGGUGCACCGUAGUGGUGCAUAUAUUGCCAGGAAGGUUGCAAAAAGCGUGGUGGCUUCCAAUCUUGCCAAGCGAUGUAUAGUGCAAGUUUCUUAUGCAAUUGGUGUGCCAGAACCUUUAUCUGUCUUUGUGGACACUUACGGAACAGGGAAGGUUUCAGACAGGGAUCUACUAGAUCAGGUCAAGAAAACCUUCAAUUUCAGGCGGGGGAUGACCAUAGUCAAUCUCGAUCUUAAAACAGGAGACAGUUUCCGGUAA